AUGACAGGCGAUUUGGAAAACCAUGCAAAUCCUCAUAUUCAAAGGGUAGCUGUUUUACAGAGGAAACCGUCAAGAGAUGAUGCACUGUCACUGCUCAAAGAAAUAGCCAAACGUGUAUCCUACCUGAUGAAAGAGAAUAAGUUCCGUGUGGGGAUGCUAGUGGAAUUCUGUCCUAGGGACAAACGUCUACUAGGUAUGAAUGUAAAUAGAGGUACCAAGAUUUUACUAAGAUUGAGAAAUCCUAAUGAUGAGUUUAGAUUCUUACCGAUGGAAAGCAUAAUGGGGACUAUGCUUCAUGAACUGACUCAUAACUUGCACGGACCCCAUGAUAACAGGUUCUACGCUAAAUUAGAUGAUUUGCUAGCACGUCAGUGGGUUAUCGAACAGCAAGGCCUAUUUGACACAUUCUUAGGACAAGGUAGUCGACUUGGUGGUAGCACACGCCUACCACCAUUACAACAACAGCUACAAAAGAGACCUACCAGAUCCCGUGGUCGUAAACUAGGUGGAUCUCGAGCUCCUCGAGGAACCCCUAGAGAAAUGGCAGCGCUAGCAGCUCAAAGAAGGGCCCAGGAUAGCAGGUCGUGUGGCGAUGCCAGCAGCUACCAACAUGAGCAAGAAGACGUAAUAAUAAUCGAUGAGGGAAGAAACGGCGAGAAUAAACUAGAACUGGAACCGAAACCGAAACUCGAAGUGAUAGACUUAACAUGA